CAUUUAAAAACAUCACUUAAAUGUGUAGACUUUAAUUUCUUACUUAUUAUCGAUGUAUCGCAAUAUCGAUAUACCAUUGGCAGAACUACUUAAAGUCAGUGCAAUUUUGAUUGAUAGCUCAGAUAUUUUUUAUUUCACUCAUUGAACACUUCAACAGAAGUACUCGGGAUAUGCACUCACGAAAAUAAAAAGAGCUACAAAACAGAACUGCGGUUAGAAUUAAAAACAGAUCAUUCAUUAAGAAGUUUAUGGAUAUUUAUGAAGUAAGGAGCUAUUCUGUAAGUUAAGAAUUUCGCAUUUGCGCAUACUAUGGACAAUAAUGUAGACGGUGCAAGACAAAACGGCAGCAAGAAAAGCAAUACCAACACGGCUAGUGGAGGGCCAGCGGCAAAUACGACAAACAUAGCUGCACCAACGGCAACAGCAACAUUGGUUCCCAAUAAAAACACAAAUAACAGUAACAGCAGUGGUAGUGGAAACUCUUCAUUUUGGAAAAAUAGCGGGAGAUUAGUGCCGGGACGUCCAAGUCCUAAGCGUGUUGACGCCACUCAAUUUAGUGGCAAAGGUGAAGGUAUGGUGUCUACUUUUCGUGACUAUCAGCAGUCUGUUAGCGAUGCUUGGGACAUGGGUGAUGACGAAUUUUGUAUCAUAUCGGAUACAGCAUCUGGUGGACAGUUGGGAAAUAAUUCGCGAAUAUCAAAAAAAGUCUCACAGACAGCAGCGUUAAAUGUUAUUGAAACGCAUCGGAAUUCAGCAAAUACUUCCACCACACAUACAACGGCAACAGCAGCAGCUACAGAAGCGAUCACAACCAUAGGGGCAGCAGCUACUAUCAAUAACACAACAACUAGAGUGCCAACUACAGAAGAACAACAAUGCCUCAAAUCGCAAUCAACAGUCAGUCAAAGAAACGAAGAAGCGGAGCCAACAAAUGAAUCAAAGAGCGAAGCGGAAGCAAGAAUUAAAGUCGUGCGAAAUUUCCACGCAUACCCCGGACGACCACAAUUGCAAAAGUUCAGUUCAAAUUCACAAGAAACCGAAUAUGAGACAAAAAUUGAAAAAUUCCAUAUUUUGCUGGAAUCGCCGCUCUUAGAUUUAGUUGCAUUAAAGAAAAUUAGCUGGUCAGGUGUACCGAAAAAGAUGCGCGCAGUCAGCUGGCGUCUACUCUCUAAGUAUUUACCACCAGCGAACGAACGACGAAAUGCCGUGCUCGAAAGCAAACGACAAGGAUAUCACGAUUUGCGACAUAAUUAUUUUAGAGUUGACAGUCAAGAUGAGUCACAGCAGGACACAUAUAGACAGAUACAUAUCGAUGUGCCACGUAUGAAUCCGCAAAUAUCACUAUUUCAACAAAAACUCGUACAGGAAAUGUUUGAACGUAUUUUAUUCAUUUGGGCGAUACGUCAUCCAGCUUCGGGUUAUGUUCAAGGCAUAAAUGACUUGGUUACGCCAUUUUUCAUUGUAUUUAUGCAAGAAGUACUCGAACCAGGCACUGAUUUGGAAAAAUUCGAUAUUAGCACUUUAUCUGUAGAUAAACGUGACGCCAUUGAAGCGGACUCUUUUUGGUGUCUCUCCAAAUUUCUCGACUGUAUACAAGAUAAUUAUAUUUUUGCGCAAUUAGGUAUUCAAGAGAAGGUUAAUCAACUAAAAGAUCUUAUACAGCGGAUUGAUGGAAAUCUUCAUCGUCACCUGCAAGCGCAUGGCGUGGAUUAUUUGCAAUUUUCUUUUCGUUGGAUGAAUAAUUUACUAACCCGUGAGCUACCAUUACAUUGCACCAUACGCCUGUGGGACACAUACCUCGCUGAGUCUGAUGGCUUUGCACUCUUCCAUUUAUAUGUGUGUGCGGCAUUUUUAUUGCAUUGGAAAGACAGAUUAAUGCAACAAAACGAUUUUCAGGGUCUCCUGUUACUGCUACAAAAUCUGCCAACGGAAAACUGGUCGGAUCGUCAAAUAAAUGUGCUGGUGGCGGAGGCUUUUCGUCUGAAGUUCACUUAUGCUGAUGCGCCAAAGCAUUUGGAGGCGAAAAGUUGACACCAGCAACAACCGAAAACAUAUAUCUAUGAGUACGUGGCAUAAUUUUGUUUAAAUAAAGACAUGCGUUAGUUAUGAAAGCGUUCAAAUGCUUAAUUAUUAAAAUCAGACACUUAACUGCAUAAAUAAUCCAAACGCAUUCAAACAUUCAGCAUAAAUAUACGAUUAUUAUAAUAAUAAUUAUUAUAAAUUAUUGCAUAUACUUUGUAUAUAUUACACAUAAAAUGUUUAACUCAAUGAUGCAUACAAUUUUUUUCUGAUGAGAAUUUAUAAAAUCGAAACAAAUAUCAUAUAACGAAAUGUAAACAAAGUUGCAAUUCUUUUAUAUAUUACAGUAAAUAAAAUUAAAGCAAAAUGCAUCUUAUGCAAGAAAAAUUAGCAUUUAAAAUCGUACAGUUGAAUAUAAUUAGCUUUAUAGUACCCGUAGAAAUCCCAAAAUUGUCCUUGUCUUUCCUUCAUGGGUAUGGUGAGUUGGGUAUUCAUGUUGGAUAUAAAAAUAAUUACUAAAUUUGCUUGGAAAUUAGAUCUGGUGAUAACGCAGACUUGAAUAUUUAAAAAAUAGUGCCUUCAAUUAUAAAAAAUAUC